UAUAGCGCACAUAUAGGAGAUGAAUCUGGAGGAAGGGGGUUACUGGCGGACAAGCUGCGUUGGCUCUGCAUUAUCAGCCACACUCGACUGAUCUCUGGACCCUCAGAUUGAGCAACACAACAAGAGACAGGCAGCUUCAAAAUCAGUCAGAAACAAAGGCAGGACAGAGGAAAGACGUGACUCAAAGAAAAGGCAAAGGAAAACUAAGAAGAAAGAGCAACAACAGGCUGAGUUGUGACAGAGCGACAAGGGAAAACAGCUGCUGUAAAAUAGAGUUAACCAUUGACAGAGCUUGGUGAGGUAUAAUGGCUGAGGGAACUUUUUAUUUAAGGUUUUGGGGAGGACUAUGAAAGAUCUGAGAGGAGAGUGGGGGGGUCAGACGCAGGGGUCCGGCAGGGAUAAUUGUGGUGACAGCCAGUGCAAGGGGACAAGGACUCAUGUGAGACACAGAGGAAUUAAAAUAUAGGGACAAAGACAAGGAACAGAGAGGGACUGGCAGACCCAAAAACUGGACUUCAGUAUGGGUGUGAAGAGCAAGGCUGCUGCUGCUAUCUUAGUCCUGCUGCUGUUCCUCGGCUCCCUGUGGCUGCAGGGAGGUUUGGAUUACCACUGGGAUUCUUGUUUAAAAGGUUAUAAUCAGGUUAAUACGCUUCACCAGCUGUACAACAGCAGUGGGGCUGAUGGGGCUGAGGGCCCACAGGUCAGGGAGGGAUGCCCUGGUCAGACCUUCCAGGUGUCACUGCUGCUCUCCCACCUGCUGGCUGCAUCGGCCGAAACCUCAGACGUGCUGCUACAGCCAUAUCUGGCCAGCUGGGACGAGCUCGUGAAGUUUAUGGAAGCUCUGGGUCCAAUGGUGGGACUGAUAUCUAAAGAGAUAGAAAGCAAGACCUCUAUAAUCCGUCAACUUGCCUUGUUAGCAGAUGGGAACCCUGAAGCAGAAUUGGGCCCAGAAAUAAACUCAAUAAACAGUAUGAGCACAGAGGCUGGGACCAAGAAUGAUGAGGAGGCCUCACAGUAUAAUGCUGCUUACCACUCUGUGCGCUCCAUGAUCUUGGUAGAGCUGAAGCGAGGUGUGGUGGACUUCCAGCACCAGACGGAUUCUGGAUGCCGGACUCUCUUGCGUCUGCAUCGUGCUCUGCUCUGGCUGAAGCUCUUCCUGGAGAAGCUGGGUGAGACACCGGUGGCCGGCCGGCUCAGAAGCCCCUCAGAGCUGUGUCGUGAGGCCUACCAGAGCACCCUCGCAAACCACCACACUUGGUUCGUGCGCAGGGCCGCCGAGCUGGCCUUCAUCGCAAUGCCAGAGCGGGGUUUCUUCUACAGGCUGGUGUGUGUGCAGAGCCAGGAGGAGCUGAGCACAUUGCUGAAAACAGUGGUUCAGUCCAUUGGAGAGGUUUAUGACAGGACACAGAAAGCCCUGGAUGAAAAUGGCAUGCUGGACUUGCCAUAGACAAGAGGACUAUCAGACUUUACCACAUUUGCACAGUCCUCUUGAGCUUAAAUGCUCAGCCAAACCUCUCAAAGAAACAUGAGUGGACUUUUUCACCUAAAAUUCACACGUGCCAUAUUUUCCCUCUCAACCAAAGUGCUGCGAGAACAAUCAACCAAUACUGAAAGUUAGUUUGCUUUCAGUCUGUGGACAUUCCUUAUCAGAUUCUAUGAUCAUGAUUAUGAUUUUAUGAUCAUGUCUCGACUCAGAUGCAUUUUUACGGCUGCUGAUAAUUCAUUGAGGCUGACUAAACCAAGACUGUGAAUUCUGUAAGCAGGUGCACACAAUGACAUGAACACCACACACCUAUAGCAAUCCAUUGCAACACCCCUGCAAUAAAUACAGCAUUUAUUAAGCUUAUUAUAUUCCUGAGACUGGGUCAACAGGAAGGGUGACGUAAUGGAUUGUAUUGGAUUGUGCAGUUCAUGUUUUUGUUGCCCGCCUGGAUGUGAUUCUUUUUUUUUUUUUUUUUUUUUUUAACAUUUAAAACUAUUGAAGAUGACCUCUGUUUUUAAUUAUGCUUGUUGAUUUAGUAUGCUACCUCAAACAUGUCUAGGUCUAGAUGCCUUGUAGCCCUUAAAUCUGGGACCAAUCUAUCCUGAUUAAAGAGGAAUUACACACAAAUAAAUCAACAUGUGCUGAACAAAGGACACUGUGGUCUGAGUGUGGAGACUAAAUAUCUCAGUUUUAUAUUGUAAUUUUUUGUAUAAUGUUCAGAAUGAUUAAAUAUCUUUUAAAAAUGGAGAAGAA